GCCGGAAGCGGCGGCGCAGGGUGGGUGAGGGCGGCCUGUCCGCGGCCCCCGCCGGUCCCUUCAGCGCCCGGUGUCCAGCCCGUGGGGCCUCCCCCGCUGCUCUGUCCCGCCCGGAGCCAUGGAGCUAGGCCGGGCGGGCCUGGCUUGGGCCGCCGCUUUGCUGUUGGCCGCCCUGGGAGCGCAGGCCGCGGCGGGGGAUUUCGACCCGUACCGCGUCCUGGGGGUCGGCCGGAGCUCCAGCCAGGCCGACAUCAAGAAGGCCUACAAGCGGCUCGCCCGGGAAUGGCACCCUGACAAAAACAAGGACCCAGGAGCGGAAGACAAAUUCAUCCAGAUUAGCAAGGCCUACGAGAUUCUCUCCAACGAGGAGAAGAGGGCAAACUUCGAUCGCUACGGAGACGCCGGGGAAAGCCAGGGCUACUCUCAGCACCAGCAUCGCCAGUUCCACCACUUCCACGAAGGCUUCUAUUUUGACGAGUCCUUCUUCCAUUUCCCCUUUAAUUCCGAGAGGCGCGACACCUCCGACGAGAAGUAUUUGCUCCAUUUUUCCCACUACGUCAACGAAAUCGUGCCAGACAGUUUCAAGAAACCUUACCUCAUCAAAAUAACCUCCGACUGGUGUUUCAGCUGCAUCCACAUCGAGCCUGUGUGGAAGGAAGUCGCUCAGGAAUUGGAGGCGCUGGGAGUGGGAAUCGGGGUGGUUCACGCUGGGUACGAAAGGCGCCUCGCCCACCACCUGGGUGCACACAGCACCCCCUCCCUGCUGGGGCUCAUCAACGGGAAAAUAACCUUCUUCCACAACGCCGUCCUUCGAGAGAACCUGCGGCAAUUCGUGGAGAACCUUCUGCCGGGCAACCUCGUGGAAAAGAUUACAGAUAAAAACUACAUCCGCUUCCUCUCCAACUGGAAGAAAGAAAACAAGCCCCACGUCCUUCUAUUUGAUCAUAUGCCAGUUGUGCCCUUAUUAUACAAGCUGACGGCCUUCGCCUACCGAGAGUACUUGUCCUUUGGGUACGUGUACGUCGGCCUCCGGGGCACCGAGGAGUUGUCCAGUCAGUACAACAUCAAUGUCUACACCCCCACCAUGAUGAUCUUCAAGGAGAACAUCGACAAGCCCGCUGAUGUUGUGCAGGCACGAGAGAUGAAGAAGCAGCUCAUUGACGACUUCCUUUCCCAGAAUAAGUUCCUCAUGGUGGCCAGACUCACCAACCAGAGGCUCUUCCAGGAGCUGUGUCCCGUGAAGAAGUCUCACCGGCAGCGAAAGCACUGCGUGGUCUUACUCACUGGAGAAGGAGAGAAGUUUGCUGAGGCCUACGAGGCGUUUUUGACCUUUGCUGUGGCCAACACAAAAGACACGCUGAAGUUUGUGCACAUCUACAAUGAACGGCAGCCGGAAUUCGCGGACGCCUUGCUGAUGGAUGAGGAGAAGUAUCGGGGAAAAUCAGCUGUGGUCAUUUUGGAGAGACGCAACAACGCGGGGAAGAUCGCCUACAAAACCUUGGAGGAAGCCUGGCAAGGCAGCAAAGAGGACAACUUCAUCCUCCUGGAUCUUCUGGACCAGCUGAGGACAGACCCUGGCCUUCUCUCUUUGGAGACUGUCCUGGCAGACUUGAAUGACGAACUUGCUCCUAUGUUCCUUAUCCGAUGGUUCUACUCCACGUUGGACUAUAUCUCAGACUGCUGGGACAGUUUGUUUCACAGUAACUGGCGAGAGAUGAUGCCGCUGCUGUCCUUGCUCUUCUCUGCACUUUUCAUUCUCUUUGGCACAGUUAUUGUUCAGGCUUUCAGCGAUUCGAGUGACACGAGGGACUCUCCUCCCUCGGAGAAAGAAGAAACCGCUGCAAAGACCGAGAAGAACGACACGAGCUUCAGCAAAGAGAGUAACAGCAGGAUUCCCAAAAAGGGCUUUGUGGAGGUGACGGAGCUAACGGACAUCAACUACAACAGCAACCUGGUGCGCCUGAGGCCGGGCCACAUGAACGUGGUCUUGAUCCUCUCCAACUCCACCAAAACCGCCCUCCUCCAGAAGUUUGCUCUGGAAGUCUACACCUUCACCGGGAGCAGCUCUCUUCAUUUCUCCUUCCUCAGCCUGGACAAGCACCGGGAAUGGCUGGAGUACCUGUUAGAGUUCGCGCAGGAUGCGGCCCCCAUCCCAAACCAGUACGACAAGCAUUUCCUCGAGCGCGACUACACGGGCUACGUCCUGGCUCUCAACGGCCACAAGAAAUACUUCUGCCUCUUCAAGCCUCACAGAUCAGGGGAUGAGGGGGGAACCCUGGGCUCCUGCGAGGAUUACGAUUCCUCGCUACACACAGAAGCCCGAGGGAAAUCCUCCUGCAGCCCGGGAUCUAGAUCCAUAAAAAACAAAUUACACAAAUUGUCCUUUUGGAUGGAACGUCUCCUAGAGGGUUCCCUACAGAGGUUCUAUAUCCCCUCGUGGCCCGCGCUAGACUGAGGGAUUUUAAAGAGAUUCUAAUGGACAAACUUUUUAUGAAGAUGACAAGGGACAGCUCUUUCCAGGAAUAAGCAAACAAGCGUUGACGAAUGGACCUUAGGUUUUAGAUGAACUCUCCCGGGGCUGGUGACUAGAGCCCGGGAGCGCAACCAAGCGCACCCAAAAUUCCCUCCACCGCCUCCUCCGCGCGUUUGGAUGCCGUGCUACCCAAGAGCCAAGAAGUCCAUUUCUUUUUCCUUCUUGUCCUGCCGCAUCCGCUUCCCGAGUCACGCUCCCCCCCCGUGGCAUCUCUCGUUUUACCUCGGUUGAAGGAAAAAAAAAAAAAACCACAAAAAACCCACAAAUCCGUGACUUCUCUGCGUGGUGACUCGGUCCGGACCGAUGCAGGUCAGGUCAUGGUUGUGUCUCCCCCCUUCCCCGUGUGCUCAGCCCAUGGUGCAUGGUGUAACACUGGCAAGACCCUGCAGACCCUCCCAGGCCCUGCCCUGCCCAAAGGCCUCCUUCCCAAGCAGGCAGUCGUACUUUUAUCAGCUUUCCCCGGGGUAAGUGAUCUCAGAGUACGGUGGGGAGCAGCUGGGACUCACCUGUGGUGCGGGCUCGUAGGCGAUGUGCAUGUUUCAUGCUCCUCGUGUCACAGUUCCACCUGCAGCUUCACCGGCUAAACCGUAACCGGGGAGGGAAGGGGGUUUUUGCACGACCAUAAAAUACUGUCCAGGUGUUGAGCCAUUUAAAUGUUACAUUGAUUUUUUUCGGAUGCCUUUCUGCUUCUGUCGAUUUUAGACGAUGUAUCCUAGAGCCAUAACUUUGUGUCCUCAGAUUGUAGGCGUGAGCUGCUAUGAGCCAGUAGACGUGUCGAGGAAACUCUACCUAGCUGCUAGGGAGUCGGCCCGGGCUCCUUUCCAACACCCUUACGUCUGUAGUACAAACCAACCUUUCUUUGUAUCAAGGAAACCUAAUUCUUCGAUGAUUGUAUUCUUGAAAUGUUGCCCCAGAAGUGCUGUAUCACGAGACCGUUGCUUACGUGUGAAACUCCUUUGGGUUUAGGACGCUUGGUUUUCAGCCUCUCGCCCGUUUCCUUCUUGCCACGAACCUUUUGUUUCUCAAGGUGCAGGCUGCUCCCUUGGGGUUUUUUUUGUUCGUUUGUGCUGGGGGUUUUGUUUGUCUUUUUGAACUCGUAGGUCUGUGUGAAGCUCGAAGAGUCGUCAGGCGCAGGGCUGGGUUUAUGCUGUGCCCUAGCAGGGCUCCAACAGCCACUUCCAACACCGCAGGGGGAAUGGGUGGCCCUUUGUGAGGCAGAGGGAAGGCCAGUAGCCGACUGGUGGCCGCUUGCCACUCUUCAGGUGAUAAAGCAAAGCAGCAGGGUUUCUUUUAGCAGCUGGGACUGAAAUCCUGGGGGGCUCAUGCUUCCUUUUCACUGCUCUGGGGCAGACACCGUCGCCCAAGCUGGUCCCUGCUGUGCCUCCUCCCAAGCCCCCCCAGUCCCCCAGGUCACCGUUGGGCUGCAGCACUGCCAAAGCACGGGGGUCUCAGUGGGGCAGCCUUUGCCGUGGGGCUCAGAACCUGAUGGCAGAGCACUUGGUCGAGCACCUGCUGUUCAUUAAAUCUCACCUUAGUUACCAUCUUAGGGGAGCAGGCAGUUAAGGAAUAACGAUGCCAAUCUCCGAGCCAGCUGCCCAUCCCAUAGGAAACCCGGGAAUGCUCCAGUCAUUUCCCUGCCUCCGUGACCCAGUUGCUCCCAAAGCCCUGGCUCGCUGCAUUCCUCCCCGCCCCGGCAGCGCAUCGGCGUGCUGCGACCACCACAGGUAUCUCCAACACCCCCUGUAAUGUACUUCCAAAUAAAGGCUGCCAUGCUACAACCCACCCUAUGUGAGGUUACUUAAUCGUAGCCCAGCUUGUGCUGCUGCACGGAGGAGGCACUGAAGGAGAGGGAAGGAAGGAAGAUGAGGUCUUCUCCCUGCCAAAGAGCUCCGAGGCACAGGCAUAAUGCUGAAACAGGGCGGGAAGGGGGGUAAAACACUGGCCUGGUGCUGCUGGACUUCAUUUUCAUCUGGCUGAAGCAGCAGCCAUAGUCCUCCUGAGCUUUUCCUGCAGCUUGCUGUGUAGGAUGGGGCUAGGACACGGUUGUAGCCCAGUGGGAGGCUCCAUGUAACUUUUUACAUGUUUGCAAAAGUAAAAAAAUAAAAUACUCUCUGGGUCUCUGCUGUCGCUAGUCAGAAACCAGGAGAAAAUGCCUGAUGCAUUAAAAAAAGUGCCUAGUUGUGCUCCAGUGAGGGAAUUCAGCCCUGCCCCAAGCAAGAAGACAAGGCCUUACAGCCUUCAAACUACUGUUUUUGUGCUGCAUGCUGGCUGGAAUCCUUUUUUUCUUUUCUUUUUAGCAGAAGUAACCUCCUCUUUUAGACCAGGUUUUGUUUAAGGAGCGCUUGCAGCCGGCCAGCCUUGCUGGUGGUCGCACUAACCCGGCUUGUGUCACUAUUUUAGGGAAAAACCACCUUUGGUGGGCUGAUGCAAAUGCCAAAUUCUCCUAAACCCCUCGUUUAGUAGGCUGUGGUGUCCGUGGCACUUGCCUUCUCAUAGAAGAGCGUGGUCGGAGGCUGCUUGCGCCCAAAAUUUGUCCACCCCCUCUCCCAGCACAGCGUCACCCUCCCCCAAUAAUUAUUCUCACCUCCUGUGGUGCUUGACCCGCAUCGUAUCAUCAUCAGCAAAAGCACCUGGGAGUCUGUUAGGCAGGAGGUGGUUUGGAAUCCAAAGAUUGAGGGAAUUCAGUCCUAGUGCACUAUCGUAGCGACGUCGAGCGCUCGCACCCCGCUCGGAAGCUGAAGCAAAAGGGAUACAGGCCCCCGGGUUUUGGACCCAAACGCCUCCCUGUUCCCCAAACCUGCCAGGAACUCAUACACUAACGCAGCCUGAGGAGUAGGACUGAAAACUAGCUACAUAUUUUGCACUUUUGAUACUGGGGAGGGAGGGGGGGAAAUUAAC